AUGGUGAAAGUUCUCUUGACCGGCGGUAGCGGCUUUAUCGCCGCUCACAUUGUUGACAUCCUGCUACAGCACGGUUUUGAUACUGUAUUCACAGUUCGCUCUGAUGACAAGGGCAAACGAAUCCUUGAGAACCACCCUAACACACCCAAGGAGAAGCUCUCCUACGUGAUUGUCAAGGAUGUGGCUCAGGAUGGUGCAUUCGACGAGGCCGUCAAGUCUAACCCUCCAUUUGAUUAUGUCCUUCACACUGCAUCGCCCUUCCAUUUCAACGUUCAGGACCCCGUGAAGGACUUCCUGGACCCCGCUAUCAAGGGAACUACUGGCAUUUUGAAGGCUAUCAAGGCCCAUGCUCCUACUGUGAAGCGCGUUGUCAUCACCUCGUCAUUUGCUGCCAUCGUGAACCCGAAGCAACACCCGAAGGUCUAUAGCGAGAAGGAAUGGAACCCAGUCACUUGGGAAGAGGCUUUGGAUCAUUCCAAUGUUUACCGGGCCAGCAAGAAGGCUGCCUGGGACUUCGUCGAGAAUGAGAAGCCUAACUUUGACAUUGCCACUAUCAAUCCUCCACUAGUCUUUGGUCCCAUUGUUCACUACUUGAACUCUCUUGAAGCCAUCAACACAUCGAACCAGCGGAUGCGGAACCUCAUCCAGGGCCAAUUUAAGGAGCAGAUCCCUCCCACCGGCACAUUCCUCUAUGUUGAUGUUCGUGAUGUGGCACUUGCGCACGUUAGGGCCAUUGAAGUCGCCGAGGCUGGUGGCAAGAGAUUCUUUGUCACUGCCGGUUUCUUUUCGAACAAGGAGAUCGUGGAUACAGUCCGCAAGACCCACUCGGAAUUAGAAUCUAAGCUUCCUCCUAAGGAUACCCCGAGUGACUUCCCAUCAGAUAUCUACGAGAUUGACAACAGCAGAUCAAAGGAGAUCCUGGGAAUCAAAUAUCGGUCCUUCGCGGAUACUGUGGCAGAUACAAUCAGCUCCUUGCAGGAGCUCAAGCUCGUUCCACCAGGCAUUGAACAAUAUGGCGACCGCCAGGCUAUCGCCAACGGCGAAUCUUCUACGGAAGUCGCGGUUAUUUGCACUUCCUCAAGCUCUGCAGCCCCCCAAGAAGCCCCAUCGUCCAAGGCUGUUUUCGAGUCGGAAACCGCAACACUCCCUCACCCUAUCCGGGCUUCAAUUGUGACGCCGCAAAAGUCGCUUGCCCGAGGCGAUUGGGGUCUGAAGCGAGCUCUUCCCGCUAAAUCGACAUCGGAGAAGUCAUCGAGACCCGUCGUUCGCCUCCAUGCCCUCGAUACCUACGAACAUGUUACCGACUUCGAGUCCGCCGCCGAUCACACGAAGACCCUCGAGAAGUUCCAGGAGCUGCACAUGCCCAUGUCCUUGCCUGCCAAGGUCAAUUACGCUACAAGCAUUGUUCCCAGACACCAGAGCCCGUUCGAAACGCAUGUCGAUAAUACUGAGACCAGCAAGGGUCUCGCAGAGCCCGGAGCCAAACAGUACCGUCACUCUGGGCCGUGGCUUGCUGGCAUGACCCAGGCAGAGUUCGCUGCGUACUUGAGCCAGAUCACUCGCAAGAAGCCCGAAUUGCUGCAGAAGCUGCGUGAGCGCUUCGUGGCCAAGCGUACUGCGGAGGCCCGGAAGCAGGCGCAGGACAACGGGGAGGACUUGGAAACCCUCCAGCCGCCCAAGGUGACCGACGAGGAGUUCCAGACGUACAUCAAGACCCUGCGUACCGAUCCAUUUGCUCUGGGUCCGGUCGUUUUCGAGUUGCUGGAUCUUCCCUCAUCCCCUGCCGUACCGAGCGAACGCAUUGGACGGAAGUACUACCAGUCCCCCGGAACCAAGCUUUCUGCGCCCGAAUAUGCCGUGACUGGCCCUCCCAAGACACACCCAUCUGCCGGUCUAUCAUACACUCGCUCACACGCCUUGACAUAUAACCACCCGCAAUACGGUCCCCAGGCUUACCAACGUCCCGUGGAGGCCCGUAUCCUGCGCCCGAAGGGUAGAUUCCGCGGUCGUAUGUCGCGGGCUAUUGCUGGUAUUGGUGGUAUUGCAGUUGAGGAUCUGAACGCCAUGACCUUCAUGGACCAAGGAUCUCCCCCUGGCCUGACCUUCUUCGAUGCCACCAUCCCUGGCGGUGCCAAGUACUGGGUCACUCCGAUCCGCGCUGCUGUCGACUCCGAGGGCAGAAUCGGACUUUCUUCUUACCGCGCGGGUGCUUCCUCCAAAGCCCCCUACGGUAUUGAAGAUUACAAGAAGCCGGGAUCUGCCAGCAUUACUGAUGCUGCCCACCGCCAUGCUAACAUGGUGCCCCGACUGGACCGACCCCGAUACCAGCAGCGGCCGCAGGGUGGCAGACAGCCCAUGAAGGGAACCGAGGAUAUCGCUCGCCUUCUCAUGAAUGAUCUCAAGGCAGGUGCGAAGAGCAAGGACCAGAGUGCUUAG